GCAGGAAUAAUUUUUCAGAUUAUGGAAAGCAGUGUUUGGUUUAUCGAGAAUAAACGUUUGCACGGUCUGGUCGCCUUUUCAGACGCUUCAGGUCAACUGAGUGAAGUACAACCGAUCAUGAAGUCAUGACUGCCUCGGAAACAGUUUACGCUGCUGGGAUGAGGAGAAAAAGAAACCCAGUGCUUGACAAACGAUCCUCAGCGGGACUGGCACUGGCACCCGUUAUUGGUGGUAUGGCAGUGGAGUACCAAACCACCAUGGAGGCUCAAGGGGCGGAAGACACAUCAGUGACUCUCAACAUAGUGACUCAGUUCCCACCACUUGCCAGGGUUGCGUGCCUGCGCAAAAAGCGACCCACCCAGAACCAAGGGCAGCAAAAACUGCAUGCCCACCACCUCCUGACACCAGUGCUGAUCAGAACACAAACCAUGGCGGAUCAACCUUUUUGUAUGGGGGUAUGUCCACCCAAGGAAAGACUGGGCGCGAGUGUGCGGGGUGGGUGUGGACUCCAUGGAGUAAUGGCGGGGAGCGGCGUCCUCAUGGGUUCAGCGGCUCUGUGUGCUCCGCACGCACAGUUCCGUCGGCCACGGAUAGCACGCAUAUGGCAGCCUGCGAUGUCACCAUUCGCAUCCUGGCAACGAACGACUGAAUCAUCGGCGGAAUUCAAUCGAAUCAAGGUGGGCUUGCCUCUCGCGAAAUCAUCGUUCUUGGACUUGAAGGAAGAUCGCGGAUAUUUGGGCAGAAAUGAAGCACGUCAGGACGCAUCAAACAAUGGUCCAACGACGGAGGCAAGCUCUAGUAGUACGAGCAGCAGCAGUGCUAGUCCUUCAGAUUCGCUGGCUUCGAUGAUGAUGAGU